UGAGCUAGAACAGUGUAAUAUAUGUAAAAUGUGCUUUUCUAACUUUGCUGACUUAUUGGAACAUGUGAUUACCGAAGAAAGGAAUGUGCCAGUCUCUGCUUGUAUUUCAGCCAAACGUAUUAAAACAACACAUGAAAAUGAAACUUAUAGCUCACUUCACUUUGCUUCUUCCAAACUCGGUGUUAUACAAAACAAUGAAGAGAUAGUUUCUGUGCCUGGUAAUGUGUUAAAACUAGAGUCAGAUUCUGAAUGUUUUGUGACAGAAGACCCUAUUAUACCAGUGAACUUGCAUUAUUCUACAGGCAAAGAGUAUGACUUACUUGAUGAUAAUUUAGAUGAAGGAAUAGAUAACAGUGUGCAAAAUCCUUUACCUGAAGGAUAUAGAAAGCCACCAGUUUUCUCUUCCUCCAUCUCACAAAAUGAGCAGUUGUUCUGUGAAAGUAAAACUUUAGAAUCCAUCGAUCACUGUGAGCCUGAAAGAUUGUCAGAAUCUCAAUCAAAUUUUGAUGAGGCUGAGAGCACUUACUUGAAAAGUCCAGUUUUUAUGGAUGUGACAGAUGAUAAUCUACCUUUUUCUGUGUUUGAGAUACACCCAGGGCCUCACGUUUCUCCUGGAGCGGAUACUCUAUUAACAAAUAUAUCCCACAUAUCAGAAGCUCAAAGUAUACCUCUGUCUUACAGUAUGACGAGCACUUCUGUAAGUAAGAGUCCUAAGUGUUUGUUAAACAACCCACAGUAUAAGCUAAAAAAUCAAGACAGUGCUAGUUUUCGUAUUCCUACGGGUGAUGAUGAAGAUUUAGUAGAUAUUAACACAACUCCUAACAUUUCUGCAUUCAAGAUGUAUGAAACAAAACUGUAUAAGUGUUUCUACUGUGAUGCAGGACCUUACUCUUUACAAAAAUUACAACAACACUGGCAAAAAAGACAUGUUGAUGCAAAAUUUUUUGUGAAGAAUAUGUUUCUUGAAAGUCCUGUUAUAGAAUACAGAUGUUCUUACUGUAUGGGAAAAGAGAAAUCAUUAGCCAUGGUGCGUCAGCACUGCAAGCAUUGUCAUCCGAAUUUUCCUGUAAAGUUCAUCAAGACAAGGCUAGUGGACUGCGUGCCCAAGUCAGUACCUUGGAUUUAUGAAGCUCAAAAGAUUUGUGAUUUGUGAUGAAUGUAAGGAAAUAUUGUUUUAUUAAUUCAGAUAUAAUUUUUAUGGUUUUUGGUUUUCUGUUUUUGAGGUUAAAGGUAAGAGAUUAUACAGAUCUUGUUUCUCUUAACUAAAAACUUGUUACAUACAGUUUAUAUCGCAUGUCUCAAGAUUGGGUAAAUGAUUGCCAAACUUUUUAAUUGUGACUCUUCUAACUUCUGAAAAUGCUCGAUGUUUAUGUGAAUAUGUACAGAAUUUGCAAAAUUACUUUAAUCAUUCAGCAACUUAGGUUCAUAUGUACAAUCAAACCUAUAUUAUUCAGUUCAUUAUAUGAAAAAAGCAAAGCUAAUGACCCCCACAUCAUAGGUUAAUGUUCAUUUUUGAAAUAUGUUCGUUAACAUACUAUUUUGGAGGCAAAAUUGCAUAAACAACCUAAAAACCAGUUUGUUUGUUUUUUAAUUAAAGAAUUGGAUAUUUCUUAAUAUUGUGCUGUUCGGUUCUUUUAAUUUCUUAAUGCAGUGUGACUUUAUGGUAAAAAAUGUGAUCUUUAAAUGUGAAAACAAAAUUAAUCAGAAUUGUUUUAUUGUUCUUUUCCACCUAAUUGUUAAUUAAACAACUGUCUUUGAGCAUACUUAAGUUCUUUAUAAAGCAACUGCCAUUCGUAAACAGUUUUACCAUGUUGGAUGCUCGAUGAAAUUACUCAAAAACUCUUGUAAAUUAAUGAAAAUUAAAUCAGCAAAUAAUUGUUAUACGUAAAUAUUGAUCUUGAUAUCCACAUAAAAUGUAUGUUGUGUUUAAUGCCCAAAAUAAUGCCCAAAAUACGUUUAUUUCUUAUUCUCGCAAAAAAUAUGUUCACAUAAAACUUCAAACAUGCUGACAGAAAGGAUCCAUUGAUUUCACAUUGCAAGACCUUUGAUAUAUUUAUUAAUGUAAAUGAUUAUGAAAGAAGUUUGUGUGUGUGUGUGUGUUAGGCAGUUAUAUUGGCCUACACACUCCACAUACAUAAAUGAGCAACAAGUCACUGAAUUUCUGGAUGAACAAUGAGCUAAUACGUCAGACACACUAAGCUUUCCUUUGAUCAUACUGUAUUGCAUUUUCACCAUAAAGAGCCAUAAAUUUUGAUAUCUCUCUACUGGUAAUGAGUGUCCACAUGUAUGCAUGCUCAGAACCACAUCUACUUGUGAAGCAUUCCAUUACGUGUGAUUUGUAUAGCUGUUUAUCUUAAUUUCCAAUUCUCUUUUUGCUAAAAUGUGUUCUAUUUUAUGACAGUUUUUUUUUUUCAUAAAUUACCCACUAUCUUGUAUUUCAUUUUGAAGAACUUUUAAUUCAUAUCUUCCGUUAUUUGAAUUUGUCAUUUUAUAUAAAAUAUUUUCCAUGUGACACCUUCCAGUUUUUUCUUCUUUGCCCCAUUUGUCCAUUUUGAGUUGUUUUCGAACCUGCAUAGUGUGGCUCUGUUUGCAUCCUCUUUUUUUAAUGCAAUUUUUUUCUACACCACCCACAGAUAUCUAUCUUUUAUCUCAUUGUCCAACAUCUUCAGUGCCCCCCCACCAGUGGCUCGGCAGUAAGUCUGAAGGUUUAUGACACUAAAAACUGGGGUUUGAUACCCA